AUGGGAAACGCAGGGAGUAAUCAACCCAAAGAAUGGCACCGAGACGCUGUGACGAAAGCUCCUGACGUUGGACCGUCGUCGCCAGUCAAAGAAGGCGAAGCGUUCACAUUUGACAAGAAGGUUGACGAUGAUCGCAUUGCCAGAGACGAAGAAAAUAACAUUGAAGAUGGUGCACCAUAUUAUACCAAGGCUGUUCCUGAAAGUGAUGUAGAAUAUAGUGGACCACGUGAGAGAUCAAAUACGUUGACUGACAGUAGCAAGAUUAUUGACGAUGUAAAAGUUUUGCCAACUGUUUUUAAAUGGGAAGGAGGGGGUAAACAGGUAUAUAUAAGUGGAACAUUUACUGACUGGAAAACAAUUCCUAUGGUCAAGUCCCAUGGAGAUUUUGUAACAAUAAUAGAUUUACCCGAAGGUGAACAUCAGUACAAGUACUUUGUUGAUGGAGAAUGGCGACAUGACCCCACUGUGAAGGUAGUAGAUAAUGGUAUGGGAAGUAAGAAUAAUUUGGUAACAGUUAAAAUGUCUGACUUUGAAGUUUUCCAAGCUCUUGCAAAGGACAGUGAAGGUAUACAUAGCAGUGCUCAAACAGAGUAUUCACAGGAAAUACCUCAAUCCAAGCCAUGGGAGAAAGUUUCAGGGCCACCUAUUUUGCCCCCUCAUCUAUUACAAGUCAUUCUGAACAAAGAUACACCAUUAUCUUGUGAGCCAACAUUGUUACCUGAGCCUAAUCAUGUUAUGUUGAAUCACCUGUAUGCAUUGUCCAUCAAAGACGGUGUCAUGGUGUUGUCAGCCACCCACCGAUACAGAAAGAAGUAUGUCACAACACUGCUUUACAAGCCAAUAUAA